GAAUGUAUGAAUGUCGCUAUAAAUUUCGCUAAAAUGUAACCUGUACUUUAACGAAAGUGUUUUGGCGUUAUCCUCUGUAACCAGUCUUGCCAAACUGCAGGGGAACCCAGUGGAACGCGUUACCUGUCAGGUAGGUGACGUUCUGACAUGUUAUUUGCUUCAAGUUCAGUUGCAAACUGCUCAAAAGUGUGGAGAUAUUGGAUGCACAAGUGUGCAGUCUGCAAUAAAUCAUCAGGGCCCGCUUGCACGAAACACUUUGAGGACACUCCGGGACAAUCCUCGGCACUUUCCUUCCUCUGUGAUGUCCUCAAGCGGAAAAGUGGCUUGCACGAAACAAGUUGAGGAUCGUAGCCAUGAGGAAGGUAGGACGGCGGCGCCGAAAGGGCUGAGGAAGCUACUGGCACUCUCAACGCAGCUUCGACCGUCUUUUACGCUAGCACUAACAUGGACCGCAUGGAUCGUGUUGUGACGCUGCGACGCCGUCAUCGGCUGUUUCUCGCGCUCUCGUUGUCACGGCAGCGAGUCUACCGAGACCGUGAAAAUCCUUUGGAGUGUCUAGACGACGGUGAGCUGCAACGGCGGUUCCGCUUUACGAGGGAUGGAAUAUUUUUCAUUACGUCCCUCGUUGCUCUCGACAUCGAGCCUGCGACCCGUCGGAGCCAGUCCCUCCCGUCGUCGUUACAAGUGCUACUGACAUUGCAGUUCCUCGCUACUGGGAACUUUCUCAUCACAGCGGGUGACGUGGUCAACGUGCACGAAGCAACAGCCUGUCGUGUAGUGCACCGCGUCGUUGCAGCGCUGUGCAAGAGGGUCGGAAAGUUCGUCCGGUGGCCAAGAGGUGAGGAGAUAGCAAGGGCCCAACACCAGUUUUAUCAGCUGGCCAGUUUUCCUGGGGUUGUGGGAGCAGUGGACGGCACCCAUGUUCGCAUCCAGGCACCGUCAGCACACGAGACAGCUUUCGUCAACCGCAAGAACUACCACUCCAUCAAUGUUCAGCUCAUUGCGGGUGCUGACUGUAAGAUCUUGGACGUGGUUGCGAACUGGCCCGGUGCCACCCAUGACUCUAGGAUACUGCGUGAAAGCACCAUUGGGAGGGAGCUGGAAGCUGGAGUCCACACUGGGCUUCUUCUUGGUGACAGCGGGUACCCCUGCAAACGCUGGCUGAUGACACCGUUUCUCCAGCCCCGAAACAGAGCACAAGAGAAGUACAAUGCUUCACACUCGACAACACGGGCUUUGGUAGAGCGGACAAUUGGUCAGCUGAAAAGGAGGUUCCACUGCCUUCACAGUGAGCUGCGAGUGCUAACAAAGCAUACCUGUCCUAUCAUCGUGGCAUGCUGUGUCCUUCACAACAUAGCCAAAGAUUUCGGCAGUGAAGUGCAGGAGGCAGACAGCGACAAUGAUCACGACCCCGAUUACGACCCCCAGCUGGUGUCCAGUUAUGAAGGACGUCAGGAUGGCUUCAUGUACAGAGAUGCCAUCGUACGUCAGCAUUUCACAUGAGCAGUCCCUCCUGGCUCGCUGGGAACGCGCACUCGUACUGCUUCGUGCCGGCUGCUCCUCUGCACCGUUCCCAGCACCGGCAAACGGCUGUGAAGAGGCACUACCCCUUGUGCCACCCACCUCGCAAGUCACAACAAAGUUAUCAUCUUCACGCAGCCCAACUACAGGCACAACAUCCUCGACCACAGUACCAUAAUCGUGGUCAUCACUGGUGGACGGCCCUGGUAGACUUGCAAUGACGUCCUCGAUAAUGGCAGCGCUGUUGUAGAAAGCAAAAAAAACACGGAUGAGUUGGUUUGGUGAAAUGUACAGCGAUUUCCUUCAUUGUUCCUUAGCACUCUGUUUAUAAGUUGUAUGUUUGACUUUGCAAGAGACCCAGUUUUGUGUGUUUUGUGCGUGCAUAUAUGUGCUUCCUCAUUCCACGUUUUGUUCGGGUUUUGUUUUGAGCAGUUUGCUUCAACUGUGGUUCAUUUCUUAUGUCACAAAGGACAGUGUGCAAUGUUUAAUAUGCAUAGUUAUGUUUGGAUUGUUAUAAUAUUUUUGGGUUGCCCCAACAUUUUGCUCUUCAUAUUAGUUAAUUGCUGUAUUGUUGUUUGUUGUUGUGUCUAUAUGUCUUGUAGAUAGUUUAUUGAAUACGCCACAGGUGCUCUUCUUGUAGCACAACGUUCUCAAUGGGGUUGCAGCACUUCGUAAACAAUAGCAUUGUAUGUCUACCUGUGUGUCUGCCUGCCUGUAGAGUGUUAUUGUUUGCAUCAGUGUGAGGGUGCAUUUCAAGUUCCACAGCAAGGGAUGUGACACCAAGUGGCGUGUAUUAUGAAACGACCCCUUCGAAUAACCAUUUUACAGAUAACAUAUGAUGAUUCCCUUAUCCCCCACUUCCAAUGUGCUACACAUUGUACAUGCAGUAUGGAGUGCCUCAUUGUACAUUAGUAAGCCAAUCAGGUGCUGUCCUGACCUAUGAAAAAUCUUUUAUCCCAACAUGUCGUGCUCUUUUGCACCAGCUCCACCUUGUCAGUAGUGUUUGUGUUCCCCUAGACUACAUAAUAUAAGUUUAACUGGAUUGUGGUGUAUUGGAGACCCUAGACUACAUAUUACAGUCGAACGCAACGUGAGACGUGCCUUGUUGGAAAUUUUUCACGUGGCAGCCUUAUUAGUUACAUAAUACCUGUAUUACUUACCCACGGGUGUCCAUACCUCCUUCAACCCCAGUGAUACUGGGGGAAUCUUCACCAAUAAUGUCGAUCACAGCCUGUGUGAUUGCAGAGGGCUGCGAGACAUUGCCUCCUCGACCUGUAAUCAGAAGCCCAGAACGUUGUAGCACAAAAACAAAUGUGAACACGUGCUCAGCAGUGUGCCUUUGUAAGUGUAAAGCUAUAUGUAGUGUACCUUAUGUUGUGGGAUGUUAUUGACAUGUCAAAUGACUCUAAAUAUGUUUUGGCAUGAAUAUAUUGUAAAGCUGUCACCAAAGCACUUGAGUGCGAAACAAAAGGAUGCUCCAAGGAAGCCAGCAAAUCGGGUUCCAUUCUCAUUGCUUUUCUUCCAUUCUCAUCAUUCAAUUGUACGUACGCCACUGUGGGAUGUGUGGCUUCUGCUGUGUUAUGCGAAGUUCUUGAUGCAUUUCAUAACGUCAGUGGUGGAGGUCAUGCUCCUCGUACAGGUUCACUAUGAUGUAGUACUGUGUGUAUGUCUUUAUUUCACUUCCAUUGCAAAUGAGGAACACGUACAUAAGAGAACCCAAUAUAAAACUAAUGUAUGUAAUAAAGCCUCAUUGCUACUUA